CGUAGUGCUCGCUGCACGGAGUCCCGGUCGAGUCCAGCUUCCUUCGUCGACUUUGCCGCGCUCCUUUCUGUUUUUCUUUAUCUUCACGGGAGUUCAGACCGUAAACCAAAUCGAUAGGAGAGAAAGAACGAUCGAACCAGCUUCCCCGUUUCCCGCGGUUCAGGUGAGGAUCAGCCGGCGCGUCUGUCGGAGAAAAAGCACGAAAAUCGAUACGUAGGUAAACCGACGCACUCGAGUUUCUCGGCUGCCAAGUGUGAAAUCCUGUUAGACGGUGCGUGAACUUCGUCCGCUGCGUAAAUAGUUGGAGCCGAAGCGGCAAUUUCUCAUGCAAGCGCGUUUCACGGUGCUGUUAUCAGCGUUGUUUGAUUUUUCGUUGCGCCGGAAUUUCGUCGAGCUUUCUUCCUGUGAAAAUUCAACAAAGCGAAAGAGGAAAGAAGGAACCAUGUCCGGCCGUUUUGCGUUGAGUCGUGAACUCGCACUGUGCGUCAUCCUGGCGUUAUCCGGUUACACCGUCGCUCUUGAGAAGUACUGGCUGCCGGACCUGGAGUGGCAAACCGCCAGCAACUGGGCGGACGGUCGCGUCCCGGAAAUUGACAGCCACGUCAUUUUUCCCGAGGAGACCCGCCACGCAGUGGGCAUCGCCGAACCCGCCGAUCUCAGAUUGUCCGCCCUCGAUCUGUCCCGGCAAGGAUCCCUGGUCCUGCCGAGGAACGGCAAACUGCAGCUAAGCCACUCGAGAGCGGACGCGAGAGUCAGCAGAUGGUCGAGGAAGGGUAAUUUCUUCUGGGUCGACCCGGCGAAUUGGAACGGGAGCUCGAUAGCGGCGCCGCAUCUCGAGCAAUUGCCUUGCCGGCAGGACAGCGUGGUCCUGCCGAACGUGAAUCGCACCUUGAGCAUCCUGCUGCCCAUAAAUGGGAUAGAGGUGAAGUCAAUUCGGCCGUCGAACGAGGAACAGCCGUUCACCAGGUGGCAAUGGAGGGCUUUCCAAGAUCGCAGGGAAUUCGUCGCAAGCAAGCCCACCGUGAACUAUGCCGAGUACAGCUGCCCGAAGUGUACCUGCCAGAAGAGUUCCGCUCUUGACAGAAUAUUUCAUUAUUAUUACCUCGAGGAGAUCUGCACCAUUCAAGAAGGACGAUGCGGAUUCACUGCCUGCGAGUAUCCUCUUAAGGUGGAGGGUCACUGCUGUCCGUACUGCGGCGGGCGCGUUUCCACGUCGACGAAGUCGAUCUCCCUGGCGGUCGUGCGGAUCACAGCGGACGAGGCUCUGGAAGGAUACGCGGCGCAGAUCGCCUGGCACGUCCGACGCACCCUGGCCGGCGGUGUCGAGGUCCUCGUGAAGUCUAAGGGCGACUAUUCCGGCGUCGUGAUCCAGGAGGCGGUGGAGAAUCUUCGGGAGAUGCUGCGAAGCACGGGAAUCGACGUGAGCGUGGAGACGGCGGGCGCAGCUAUAAAGGAUUCCCGACUGGCAGUCGCGCUCGGCCCAUUUCUCGGUGCACCGGCCGUUGUGAUCGUCCUUCUUCUGCUGGCUUUCUUAUACUUCGGCUAUUCCUUGGGGAGCGUCCUCUCGGGAUGCAUGGAGGCUGUGUCGUCCGUGCGAGAUGGAAUUCGUGUGGAGAAGCAGAAACACGGUUUCGCCCGUUUCGAAAACGUCCCCGAAGGCAACGUUCAGAUCGCCGACGUUGCCGGAACGAGCGGGCGGCAGAUUGAUGACAGCGAGGAAAGAAUAAGGCAGCCGACCGGCGGUGGCAGGUUUGAAAAUCCCCUCUACAGGUCCAAGCGGGAUAAGCCGGAGGAACGUGAGAUGCUCGAUACCCCUCUCAGUCUCGCUGCUCUGAAGGGCAAGGUGGAAGGGCAGCUGGAAAACGUGGAGAUGGACAGCGAAGAGUAAAAACGCACGUCGCCGAUUCAUCACGUUGUACCUUCUCCUUGGCGUUGUAUAAAAUAUUCAAAUAUAAUUAAUUCUGCAAUGCAUGCCAGGGACGAUCGAAAAUCACACUGGGUGUCGUGCAGAAAGUCAAAUAACUAAGUGCGAAGUCGGCUUAAAUUUCACCGAAAAACAAAGAGAAAAUAUUCUCUCUUCUGGUAAAGCGCAUAUAUUGAGAGAAGUGUUCAGCGGUGUUGCGAGAUACUCCGCGGAUCCUAAAAUCUUGAAAUGAAAAUCAAUUAUACCACAAUCAAUUAUAUCACAUCUAUAUCAUAAUUUCGUAUUCAAUAAUGUAUUAAUGCAAUAUAAUAUAUUAUGUUAUAACAUAGAUAUUAUGUAAACGAUGCUCGGUGUCGACUGGAUUUAAACCCGUCAACCAACAUCAUCAAUGAUUCUUCCUCAGAUCUCCGUACGAGAUACCUGGAAUGUUAACGACUGGUGGAGAAAUUACCGAAAAAUUGACGUCACGAAUGUAUAAUGGCGGGAAUGUCGGACGUAUCUCAAAAAGGCAAAUGUAUUCAGUUACUUUGCAUUUUGCACGUGGCAUGGGCGGUAGCAAGGUGUGUGCGCGCACGUAUAUAUAAAUCGUAUAUGAAGCGCACGUUAGCUCACAAGUGUUUAUUUCUUAUUGUCGAAAAACAUCCAUUCUUGAAGUUGCAGCAUCGCGUGUUAUAACGAUAACACGUGGUGCCACUAUGUUGUUUUGUAGAUACAUUACACGCAUACAUAAUAAAUGGAUGUGGAACGUCGUCAAAUAGAAGUAGUGUAUGGUGUGGUGUAGUAUGUAUGUGUGUAUGUGUGUGUGUGUGUAUUUCGCUAAUACAUAUAAGGAUUCUGGAUAGAUAUAGACGCCAAGUACAAGUGAUAUAACAGACGCAUGACGUUUCCAUAUCGCAUAUGAGAAAUAAACAAUAGAUCGUGGAUAAUGGUUAAUAGUGAUAAGUAAUCAUUAUAAUCGUAACAACGAUGCGCUUUUUCUCUUCUUCGCCGAACGUUCGUGUCGUUCGUAAUUUUUCGUAAAAUAUAUAUAUAAUCUAUGUAUAUAUAAUAUUAAUAUAAAUAUAUAUAUAUAUAUAUAUUUAUAUAUAUAUAUAUAUAUAAUCAUUUAUAAAGCUUCAUUCAUAGAAUAUAUUAAACUCUGUUUUUUCCCGAUAAAAAUCGUUAUUCUCUCUCAUUCCCUUUCUCUCUCUCUCUCUCUCUCUCUCUCUCUGCUGCUUUGUACAGUUAUAUAAUUCUUUUCCUCAUCAUACGCACACGUGUAACCGAGUACGCGACACUUAAAAACAAAUAUAUGUAUAUAUCUAUAUAGACGAAAAGAUGGACCUUCUUGGCCAAUCCGGUGGCUUUGUAGAGUCUUCGGAAUACUUGGAAGGCGCGUGUCUUUGUGACUUACGCACUUACAUUAACAUCUACAAUCGAUGAUCCAUGCCCGAUUACUGAUUAUUGACUCCUUUUUCAUUGACUUAUUCCCGACGCAACGUAUCUGCGGCAGAUCUCUUUUUCGUUACACUUCCCUAAAGAUCCGACACCGUCUUAAAAUUAAACACAAGGAUAUCGUCCGUUAGAAUUCACGACUUUUGAUCCUAACACGCGCAUAUAUAUACGCAGUCGACGUUACAUACGUCAUGCCAUUCCUUGAAUUGAGGCUUGCAUGAUUUUCAGCCUUACAAUGUGCGCAUAAGAUCGGAACCAUUGGACAACUAGAGCCAUUACGAACCUAUCAUUACAAUUGGAGUUACUUGGGCGAUUUUCAAUCUUACGUGUGUAUGUGCGAAGCUGAAAAUCUCUCGGUGUAUCGCGUCUAGAGAGAAUGACAUAACAUACAUGUGACGCUGACUGCACACAAUAUGACCAUUAAGAUAUUCAUUUUCCUAAUUCCGUAGAUAUUUCUUUUUUAAAUAAAAGUAAACCUCUACUGUAAACUCUAUGCCACCUGGGAAACUCUGCUCCUAGAUAACCGUACAUAAUCACACGUAAUUACACAUGUCCACGCCAAAAACGAUUUCCCGUACAAGCACGAUUGUUGUAAAAUUGAAGUGAAUACUUAAAUAUCGACGCUUAAUUGGGCGAAACUAUUUUCUACCCCUUCUUAUUCAUUGGCAAUUUUUUUCCCACGCGAACAUACGUAAUUAUACAUGGUUAUAUACAUGGCCAUGUAUAUACUGACAAAAUCCGUAUAUAUAGGUUAUUCUUUCCUUCUCCGUUUCUUUUCUCUUCCUCCUACAUUCUCUUCGCGUUUUCUCGCUGGGGUCUCCACACUUACGCGACAGAGAAUUGUGCCGGCCGACCGACGGUCGCGAGUCCCCAUUUUAAGUGAUAUAUAAUAUUGGUACAAUGGUAAUCGUCCUCCGGUAGACAUGCGAGGUAUGUGUGACCGUUCAGUACAAACAGGGAGACCGGAUCGAAUCGGCCAACCGGGGGUCACGUUGGCCGUUGGCGUUUCAUUUAUGUAUUCACGAGAGCAACGAUCGCGGAAUGUUCCCUCUCGAAACGCGGGUGUCCUCCCCGCGUUCCAAGAGGGACAGAAUCCGGAUCCGCCUCAUCCCGCGCCGAACUCUCCACGCGGGUAGUCUAAAUCCUACGUUUAUUUGGCAAUUGUGAUGAAAUGAAACGCGACGGGAGGGGG